UCAGAAGUUGAGAGGCUAUAAAUAAACCACAGAGAGAAUAAGAUAGAUACCGUGAGAGACUUAAAGUCUUCCAAGUUCUUUCAUUUUUCAUCUUUGGUUUUCUUCAUUUUCUUGUUUUUGAGGAGCAGAAAUGGAGACAUUAAUUCAAGUACCAUACAAUGCUACAGUGCGUGUGAUGCUAAGUUCACUGGAAAGAAAUCUACUACCAGAUGUUGUCAUUAGGAAACUCACUAAAUUGUUGUUAGCAAGUAGACUUCGUCUGGGUUAUAAACCUUCUUCUGAAAUUCAGCUCUCUGAUCUUAUCCAAUUUGCACACUCUCUUGAAGAAAUGCCAAUUGCAAUUCAGACGGAAUCAGCAAAAGAACAGCAUUAUGAACUGCCGACAUCUUUUUUCAAUUUAGUCCUCGGAAAAUAUAUGAAAUACAGCUGUUGUUACUUUUCUGAUAAGAAUGCAACAUUGGAAGAUGCCGAACAAGCAAUGCUCGAACUAUACUGCGAGAGAGCACAAAUAAAAGAUGGUCAUACAGUUCUUGAUGUUGGGUGUGGAUGGGGCUCAUUUUCUUUGUACAUUGCACAGAAGUAUAAGAAUUGCAGCAUUACAGGGAUUUGCAACUCAAAGACUCAAAAAGAACAUAUAGAAGAACAAUGCAGAGAACUUCAGUUGCAGAAUGUAGAAAUAAUUGUAGCUGAUAUUAGCACAUUUGAAAUGGAGGGUUCUUACGAUCGAAUUGUAUCAAUAGAGAUGUUCGAGCAUAUGAAGAAUUAUAAGGAGCUUCUUAAGAAAAUAUCUAAAUGGAUGAAUGAAGACAGUCUCCUUUUCGUGCACUACUUCUGCCAUAAAGCUUUCGCAUACCACUUUGAGGACACAAGUGAAGAUGACUGGAUCACUAGAUACUUUUUCACUGGAGGGACAAUGCCUUCUGCAAAUCUACUACUCUACUUUCAGGAUGAUGUUUCCAUUGUUAACCAUUGGCUUGUAAACGGGAAGCAUUAUGCACAAACAAGUGAGGAGUGGCUAAAAAGAAUGGACAAAAACAUAAGCGCUAUAAAGCCAAUAAUGGAGUCAACUUACGGCAAGGAUUCUGCUGUUAAAUGGACCGUGUAUUGGCGGACGUUUUUCAUCUCAGUUGCUGAACUCUUCGGGUAUAAUAACGGAGAAGAAUGGAUGGUUGCACAUUUUCUAUUCAAGAAGAAAUAGAUAGAGAGAUGUGGGUGCUCUUAUUUUCAAUUGUUUUUCUUUUCAUCUUUUUCAGACAUUUUAAUGCUUUUUUGUUUUCACUAAAUGCAACUGAAUUGAACCUUUCUCACUGGUUUCAUCAUUUCCAAGUCCUGUCUUACUGAAAAUAAAAAGGGUCAUUUGGUACUA